CUCGGUCUCUGGGCAAGUGUAAGCUUUAAUAAAAUAUAAUCGCGUGCCGUGCAACGGUUCUUCUCAUUCCUCGCUCGGCAGGUCGGUGAUAGGCAGCUGGAAAACAAGCUAAUACCAGGGACUUGGCAGUUCAUUGUCAACGGUCGAACGAUUGCGUCGUUGGUACAUACAGUUACUAGUGGACGGUGCGAUUUUAAUCUCAAUAGUUCAUAGACUGAAAUCGGGAACGAGCAUCAUGGUGACGGGACGGGUUCUGUGGACCGGUGUGAUUCUGUUGAGCGGCCUUGCGUGGGUGAACUGUGAGAUGCGAAAAUCAUGGAAAGUGAAAAGCAGCAGCUCUGACGCGAUUCAGUCGGUCAUGGCGCCUCCGGAACCGGAUGAACUUGGGCGGGUUUUGGCAAAGAUGCCAAGAUUCGAGCCGCAGCCUGAGUUGGAUGCCGAGCCCGAGCCGGAGCCGGAGGUGCAGGAGGCCAAAGUGGAUGAGAUAAGUGUUCAACCGAAGGAGGAGCGUGCGGAACCGAAAGUGGAUGCGGUUCCUGAAGAGCCACCAGCGAAGACUCAGGUGAAGAACAGGCUUCGGAGCACGUACAUAGCCAACAGGACUCCUUCAGUGUACUACAAUUCUAUUCGAGAAAGUGUUAAAGCGGCACCGUUCAUAGAAGAUCACGAACCGGAGAUUCAGGUCGAUGAUUUUUCGGCUGAUGAGAUUGAUGACGAUGAUUACGAUCUAGGAGGACUGGAAGAUAAUCACGACCAGAGGGUGGAAGAGAACAAGUAUGAGGAAGAUUAUAAAAUGAUCGAAAGCAUUCUGGAAGAGGUCAAGAUCUCAGCCGGUGAGCAGCAGCCUGUAGAAAAGGUUGAAGAAAAAGAUCAAGAGGAGCCAUUCAAGUCGGAGGAUUUCAAAAAGUAUGAUUUUGGACCCGUUCUCAAUAUGACCAUCGACGAGCCAAACAAUAUUGUGAACGUAAAAUUGAACGAAAAAGUCCUGAAGGACAUUUUCACAGGUCGUCAAGGCGGCGGUGGUAAUAAGAAGAUGUGGAAAUACGCCAUGCCAUUGUUCAUCCUCCCGUUCCUGAUUCAGUCGGCGAUUAUUCCUUUCAUGCUGACGACGGUGAAGUUGUUCCUGUUGAAGUCUUUCAUGGCCGGAAAGUUGGCCAUUUUGCUCCUUCUGUUGGGUGCAUUCAAGAACUUCACGCACAAGAAGGACAAAGAUGUGUACGUGAAGGAUCUGCCGGAAAGGAGGUACGAACCGCACAAUGAGUGGCCCUAUCCCUACCAAUCGGAAGGGAGGCCUGGCUGGAACAAUUGAUGAUCUGGAACGGGCCAGACGGCGGCGGUGGU